GUAAAGUAAGAAGUCAAAUAUAGUUCUUAACACCAUGUUUAACUUAUUUUUUGGUUGUACAGUAAUGGCAGUUGGAUGUCCCCAAGCCACAGCUGUUUACAAGGUAUCAGACUACAGUCGACAUUCUGGGGUUCCCAUAAUUGCACAUGAAAAUAUUUGUUGUGUGUAUUAUUAAUUAGAAUAUUGUGUGAUGAACAGUUGAGUUUAAACAGUAAAGUAAAGUAAGAAGUCAAAUAUAGUUCUUAACACCAUGUUUAACUUAUUUUUUGGUUGUACAGUAAUGGCAGUUGGACGACCCCAAGCCACGGCUGUUUACAAGGUAUCAGACUACAGUCGACAUUCUGGGGUUCCCAUAAUUGCAGAUGGGGGAAUACGUUCUGUUGGUCACAUCAUCAAAGCACUGAGUUUGGGUGCAUCUACAGUUAUGAUGGGUUCUCUCCUGGCUGGAACAAAUGAGUCUCCUGGUGAAUACUUCUUCUCUGAUGGAGUGAGAUUGAAGAAAUACCGAGGAAUGGGAUCUCUGGAUGCUAUGGAGUCUCGAGAAGGAACUGGUAGCCGUCAUAGAUAUUUUCAGAGUGAAGAUGAAAAAAUUCGAGUAGCUCAGGGUGUGUCUGGUAGUAUUGUCGACAAAGGUUCCGUGCAUCGUUUUGUCCCAUACCUGAUCACUGGCAUUAAGUAUGGAUGUCAGGAUAUUGGAGUCAAAAGUCUCACUGAGCUUAGAACUAUGAUGUACUCUGGUAUCAUUAUUGUUUUUAUUCUGUUCACAGAACUAUGA